AUGCUGCGACUCCUUUCCCCUCAGAGAGACUUUCUGUCGGCUGAGCAUGCUAUUGACAUAUGUGAUGCUCCACGCCCCUGUACUACCAAUCAAAUAGAAGCCCGUAACUCUGUCUCUACGGCUUCAUCCUCCCAUUUCACCUUCCUCACAACCCAUUCAGCCCGGUCACGGACCUCCUCAGUGACCACAUGCACCAGCGUCUCUGGAGCCGGCUUUGAGAUACCCCGCCUUACCAAGACGCCUUGGGAAUUGGAACGUAACAAGAAGAACCCAGUAUGGCGACGCUCUAGGCCUGAGUAUCUUUUCCCCGCCCAUGUGUUCAAGAAACUUCCCCGAGAGGUGUAUGAUUGCAUAUUGGAGCAGUUGGAGUGUCUGCACUUUGGACAGAACCAGGCGUGUUCAUCGUGCUAUUUGAAAGAUCUAUAUAACCUCUCGUUGACGAGUCGGGCUUGGGAUCGAGCGGCUACAUUGCAAUUGUACCGCAAAGUCUGGGUCUUAACUAAUGAAGACCACCCCAAAAUGCCUAAACUCAAAAUCAAAGGCACGAGCCGGCUUAAGCUUCUUCGACGCACUCUCCGCGAACGCCAGGCACUGGCGCGAUGCGUACGGGAGCUCCAUAUGCCCGACAUCCAGACCUUGUAUCAGAACGCAGGCAUCGAGAAAGAGGAAAUUGUAAACUUGGUCGCGUCAGUUGUAAUGGCGUGUCCAAAUCUUGAGCGCCUGGACGGGUUUCAUGCACCAUUCACCCACACGUUUGAUCGGCUGUCCCAUGCACUUUCUACGAGGGAGAGUCUGAAAGAGCGCAUGUGGAUACUUUCUGAGGACGAUAUCGAAUCAGAUUCCGACGAGGAAGACGACCCAAGUAACAUUUACUAUCAUGCUGCAUUGGAUCCGACAGAACGCUUCCUCGAUCUUAACUCCAACCACCCUAAUCUCACGACGCUAGUUCUUCAUCAGCAAUCAUGCGCUUCCACCCCCUUGACUUUCCGCGCCGUCAUUGGAGCCUUCCGACAAUUUCCCUUGCUUCGUUGUUUAUCGAUAUCGAAUCUACCAGCUAGUUCAUUCACGAGCAUGACUCUCAACGCCCUUCCCUUGAAUCUUCAAUCCCUCCGUCUCGAAAACCUUCCAGGCAUCAACGACAAAGGCCUCCAACGCUUUGCAACCUCGAAUAUCCCGACCACCAUCGAAAACCUCACACUCAUUGACCUUGAAAUUUCCAAUCUAGUGACUCUAUCUAACUUUCUAAGCCCUCAUCUAACCGCCAUCAAGCGCUUCACAUUCUCCCAGCAAAAAGCGCCCAAUCUACCACAGGAUGCACCUAUCCCUUUUCUCCAAUCACCUACCCUGAAUUACCUCCACUGGGAGAUCAAAUCCCAAGCCGGCCCACCAUCAACCCUCCUCUCACCAUUUGCACCACAGGCACCAACGGUCAGAUUUCCAUUCCCCGACUCCGAACCCCUUUGCUGCCUAGCGACGAAUCUACUGGCGAUGAGCAUAAAAACAGGCCUGUUCCCCGAACUCAAGAAAGUGAGAAUACCACAUGAUCCGCAAGGAUUGGUCCAGGCACUGUGCAAACCGCGUGCCACGGCGCUGCUCCCAUCCGACACUGCGCUUCUAACGAGUCCGCCGAGGAACUCGAUUAUUUCCACACCAAAUCAGAACGAGAACCAGAGCCACACUCAGAAUGGCGGUUGGAACUGGAACAAAAUCGCCGCGGCUGUCGAUCCUCUAGCCUCAUACCAUGCUUCCUCACGCCCCAGCUCUAUAUCCAAACAUCCGUCGCAACCCCCAGCUCCGCACUCGAGCUCCCCACGUAUCGACUCUCCGUUCCCAUCUCCCCGCUUCAGCAAACCCCAUCCCAAUCUCGAUUUCCCCAUCACAACGGCUGCAAGUCCCGCACAAUCCCGUCUCGCUGCCCAAGCAAGAAUUCUAGCGAGUAGGAAAGUUCCGUUUAUGGUUUUCAGAGUAACAGAUCCGAAAGGCGCGGUGAGGAUUAAUAAGACGGUAUAUGGAUUCCUAGGGACUUUGGAUAGUGGAAUUGUGUACGAGAUUAAACCGGAUAGAAACCGGGCUCGCAGUUUUGGGGUCAAAGAUGAUAGUGGCUGGGGCGCUGAGGGGGAUGGGAAUGGAAAGAUAGGAAGUGAAUGGAUUACCAGCAUCGACGACGUUAUUGGGGAUCGCGAGGGAUUUAGUGGAGGGUCGCUCGGAUGCAGACAUUUUGGGAGAGGGGGGAGGAAGGUUGUUGGUGUCGGGGAGAUGUUUUGAUAUAUACUCUGUUACGGUCUAUUCUCGUCUCAUUUCAAGGCCGCGCAGCGCUCACUCGCUCACUUCUCUUUAUUGAAGCAUUAUCAGGUGUAAGGGGAGAAAGUAAGGAUGAACUAGUCGGUCGUUUGUUAUCUUC